AUGUCGUGGCGCAAGCAGGCGAAGCCGCAGCACAUCCACGCCGAGGAGGAGGCGGUUCGGGCCGCAGAGGCGCCAGCGGCGGGGGAGCCGGGUGCUGCAGCGAGCUACGCGGGGACCGGCGAGGACACGAGCGGGGACAGGGCGGCCGUGAAGAGGCCGCGCCAGGAGACGCACAUCUGCGAGAAAUGCUGCGGGGAGUUCUUCAGCGUUGCCGAGUUCUUAGAACAUAAGAAAAAUUGCACUAAACACCCACCUGUCCUCAUCAUGAACGACAGCGAGGGGCCGGUGCCUUCCGAAGACUUCCCCGGGGCCGGGCUGAGCCACCCGCCGCGCAGCCCCAGCAUUAAGGAAGGUCACAGGGAGGAUGGCAGCAGCUCGGGGGACAUGAAGGAGAAGCCAGGGGCGGAGCCCGUCUUGUACCUGAAGACGGAGACCGCCCUGCCGCCCACAGCCCAGGACUUGAGCUAUUUACCCAAAGGCAAAGUGGCCAACACCAACGUCACUCUGCAGGCACUGCGGGGCACCAAGGUGGCCGUGAACCAGCGGAGCGCAGACGCGCUGCCCGCCCCCCUGCCCGGCGCCGGCAGCCUCCCGUGGGUGCUGGAGCAGAUCCUGUGCCUGCAGCAGCAGCUGCUGCAGCAGAUCCAGCUCACCGAGCAGAUCCGCGUCCAGGUGAGCAUGUGGGCGGCCCAAGCCCUGCACUCCGGCGCCGCGGGGGCCGACGCCCUGAAGACCCUGGGCGGCCACGUGUCCCAGCAGGUGUCCGCAGCCGUGGCUUUGCUCAGCCAGAAAGCGGGGAGCCAGGGUCUGUCCCUGAACACCUUGAAACAAGCCAAGCUACCUCAUACCGGCAUCCCCUCCGCCACCAGCUCCGUGUCCCUGGGGCUGCUGUCCUUCGCCCUGCGGCCAGAUGGAACCAGGGUGCUCCCGAACCGCAUCCCAGGUGCUCUGCUCCCCUCGACCCCCAGCUCUGUGCUCUUCCAGAGCCCCUUCUCCGCGGUGGCGCUAGACCCGUCCAAGAAAGGGAAGGGGAAGCCACCCAACGUGUCCCCGGUGGAUGUCAAACCCAAAGACGAGGCCACCCUCUACAGGCACAAGUGUAAGUACUGUAGCAAGGUUUUUGGGACUGAUAGCUCCUUGCAGAUCCACCUCCGCUCCCAUACCGAAGAGAGACCCUUCGUGUGCUCUGUCUGUGGCCACCGGUUCACCACCAAGGGCAACCUCAAGGUACACUUCCAUCGACACCCCCAGGUGAAGGCGAACCCCCAGCUGUUUGCCGAGUUCCACGACAAAAUGGCAGCCGGCAAUGGCAUUCCCUGUGCACUCUCCGUACCUGUCCCCGUAGACGAAUCAAGUCUCUCUCUGGACAGCAAGCCUGUCCUGGUCACAGGGACCCCCAGUGCAGGUCUACCUCAGAACCUCUCUGCGGGGGCUAACCCCAAGGACCUCGUGGGUGGCCCCCUGGUCCCCGACCUGCAGCCUGGGCCUUCUCCGGAAAGUGAGGAUGGAUCCCUGCUCUCUGGGGUGGGGCCCAACCAUAACUCCCCCAGGGUUGGUGGCUUCCAAGGGAUAGGGACGCCCGAGCCCGGGUCAGAGACCAUGAAGUUGCAGCAGCUGGUCGAGAACAUUGACAAGGCCACCACCGACCCCAACGAGUGUCUCAUUUGCCACCGGGUCUGAAGCUGCCAGAGUUCCCUCAAAAUGCAUUACCGCACCCACACCGGGGAGAGGCCCUUCCGCUGCAAGAUCUGUGACCGACCUUUCUCCACCAAGGGCAACCUGAAGACACACUUCGGGGUGCACCACACCAACACGUCCAUAAAGACGCAGCAUUCGUGCCCCAUCUGCCAGAAGAAGUUCACCGAUGCAGUAAUGUUGCAGCAGCACAUCCGGAUGCACAUGGGUGGUCAGAUCCCCAACACGCCCCUGCCGGAGAGUCCCUGUGACUUGGUGGGCCCCGAGCUGGUGAUGGUGGGGGAGAACGGUGGCACGGGCGCCGUCUGUCACGACGACAUUGUCGAAAGCAUCGAUGUGGAUGAAGUCGGCGCCCAGGAUGCUUCCAGCAGCUCCUCGAAGGUGCCCAUGCCUCUUUCCGGCAUCCACCUGGCAUCGCCCACGGCGGGGUUCACCCUGGUGGCCCCCCUGGAGGCCUCGGGGAAGGCGGGCCCCGCUCCCGGGGUCCUGCAGCGGCAGAGCAGCAGAGAGAAUGGCUCGGUGGAGAGCGACGGCCUGAUCAACGACUCCUCGUCCUCCGUGAUGGGGGACCAGAAGUAUCAAAGCCGCAGUCCAGACAUCCUGGAGGCCCCCUCCUUUCAGGCCCUCUCCCCGGCCAACAGCCAAGCAGAAAGCAUCAAGUCCAAGUCUCCCGAGGUCGGUGGCAAAGCAGACGGCUCGGACAGCAGCCGCCCUGAGAUGGAAGGUCGGAGCAGCCUCCCGUCAACAUUUGUCCGAGCCCAGCCGAUGACCUUUGUCAAAGUCGAAGUUCCUGGUGCGUUUGGGCCCGCAGCCAUGUCCCCAGGCAUGGCGCCUCUGCUGGCGGUCCAGCCACGCCGCCAGGGCAAGCAGUACGCCUGCACACGGUGCGGGAAGAACUUCUCGUUGGCCAGCGCCCUCCAGAUUCACCAGCGGACGCACACCGGGGAGAAGCCCUUCGUGUGUAACAUCUGUGGGCGAGCUUUCACCACCAAAGGCAACUUGAAGGUUCACUACAUGACCCACGGCGCCAACAACAGCUCCGCGCGCCGCGGGAGGAAGCUGGCCAUCGAGAACACCAUGGCCCUCCUGGGAACAGACACGAAGAGGGUCCCCGAGGUGUUUCCCAAGGAGAUCAUGGCCCCUUCCGUGAACAUGGACCCCGUCGUGUGGAACCAGUACACCACCAUGCUCAACGGCGGCCUGGCCAUGAGGACCAACGAGAUCUUGGUGAUCCAGGGCCAAGGCAUCCCCACCCUCCCGGUGCCCCUGGGCGCCAGCUGCGUGCUCACCAGCCCCACCGUCUCCAAGAUCGAUGGCUCCCAGUCGGGCAGCAGCGGCGACGGGGAGAAGCGGGCUGCCGAAGGUGUCCCCAAACACCAGUUCCCUCACUUCCUGGAGGAAAACAAGAUUGCGGUCAGCUAA